GUGCUGGCACCCUAUGGAAUCAUUGCCCACCUUAUUACGUCUUUCCAGCCUUCGCUCCCUAACGACGCGUCUGUUGAAAAGGAGUUGGAGUUGUGGAAGCGCUUUUAUCCGGUGCAGCUCAGUGGGGAAAAUUAUAACUUUCUAAACUCAAAUACCCAUUAUGGUUCUUUUAAUAUGGAUUUUUUGACACCGAAUAAAUCGCCCCAGCAACAGGUGUCCAGAAUUGAUUCCUCCACAAAAAGAAUUCCUCCUAACUGCAUUGAACAGCUCCCCCACUUUGUGGAUGUUCUCAUUGGAGGAUUUAGAACUCGGUAUCCUACAUGCUUCGUUUUGAUAGCAGAGGAUGUUCUUUCCUCACUAACGCGAGAACUGCAGGAUGCCUCAGAUAGACGUGUAAUGCCAGCUCCGAAUACCAGAAAUACAGGGGCCGAAAUACACAGUUUAUUACACCCUCGGCUGCCUUUGACGAGAUUACCCAGUGUUAAACGGCGCGCUUAUCUGGCGGCUCGAGCUCUCCAACGCGCACUUCGUUGUGAAUUGUCGUUGCUGCCCAACCUCGAUUAUUAUCAUAUCAAUAAGAUAAAGUCUCGACUUCCUAUCCAGGCCCCAGCUGACGACGCGCCCUUCUCCGGUAAUUCGGAUACAAGAAAGAAUAUCCGGUCAGCAAUCUUGCCAAUGCAUCGACGUUUCGGUCCCAUGUCUCGUACACUUCGUGCCUUUCUUUCUGAAGUCGACACCUGUGGAGGAGGAGGAGGAGACGCACCCACUACUGCACCAAGACGUCAACUGGCAGUUGCUGACCCUGCGAUGCCUACUCUGAGUCCCCAGCCUUUGAACUCUGGCGCGUUUGGUAUGAACACUCUACCAGUUGUGGGGGGAGAUAGCCUUUCUUCUUCUUCCACCUCCGCUGCCCCUCCCGCCGUUUCGAACCAGCAGGCCGCCCACCUCUCAAGUGGGGCCAAACCGCCAUGUUUGCUCAACUCACAGUUGCAAAACAUAAAGGAUGGUAUCUCUCAUAACAUCAAUUCAAAGCCAAUGGACUGGGAAGAAACGCAUGUGGCUCCUACAACCUACAAGGUGCGUCUGCUGCGUUUUUAUACUUUGAUGUCACUUAGUGCGAAUCUCGUAAUUAAAACUGAUCGGUUACCCUCAUCUAUCUAUUAUUUUAAGCUUCCCCGAGGCGUCGUACGAACCCAUCAAGUUCAUAAACAAGGGGGCAUGUUGACAAACCCACCACCACCACAACCGCCCCCAUUGGUGAGAUCUGAAGCGUCAGGUGGUGAACAGUCCUGGCUUGCAGAACAAGUUUUGUACCACGUCUCAGAGCAAGGCAAGUGCGGUCGCUCUCACUUGCGCCGCCCCCCCUUGAUCCGCAUGAGCCUAAUGGACCAAGUCAGUCCCCUCGAGCAUCCAUCUACUUCAUUCCCUUCGGAGGUUAUGCUGAAACAAUCCUGCGUCAGUGAUGAGAUAGCCGUAGACUUAUCUCUGUUUAGGCGUUCCCAAAGGCAGCAAUAUCAUUCACAAUCGUCAGGUGGCCACCCGAGCGGAAGCACGUUCGGGACCCUGGUAGAUUCACACGGCUUUGGCGCUGAUGAGGCAAACUUCCACCCACAAGUCCAGCAUCAGCAGCAGCACCACCACGCUUCCCAACCCUACUUCCACAAGCAAGAUCUACCAUAUCUCACCAAAGAUUCAGAGCCCCACACUCAUGAACCUCACACCGCGCUUGAUGGCUUUCAUCGAACACUGGAGGAUGAGCUCCAUGGACCUGGUUCUAAGCUGGACGGCCAUCCUAAAGGACCGGCUUUAAUGCGUAAUUUAUCACGCCAUAUGCCAAUCAGCGGUCGGAGUCUGUUUAGCUCUGGAGGUUCAGGUCACCUCGGUGCUGCGGAGUUGGCUACAAUGUACCCUACGCCACCCUCCCACGAAUCUGUCUUCUCUGUGGGCGCCGUCGGAGGCAGCUGCACCGCUCAACCCAGCCCCACGGAAACCAAACCACUUUUCGUCCCUGAAUCCCACCAUUACUCCCAGUCACCCAUGGACGAGUCUGGCGGCGUGCCUGCUACGCGUCCGCGCCAGAAACAGGGUGUUGCUCACUCCAUUCUACAGUCUUUCCUGCACAACUCGCGGCCCCUUUUCGACCAGAAUGUAGUUUGCUCUCAUUUGCUUUCAUCGGUAAAGUCGAGCAGUAGCUUUUGUGGCUUGAAAAAUGGUGCAACAUCACUUGGCAUGGGUCUCGACCCUGGUUGUGCUUACGCUGAGUUCAAGAAGAGCGAGAACUUGCAGAUCCCAUUUUCGGCCAAAUUUAGAAUUAGUCCAGAGGAGUUACAGCUGUACAAGGAAGUGGACAUAGCCACCAGACCUCCCUUGGCCUUUCACCAUCUAUCCUUCUCAACGAAUGGGAAGCAGGAGAGUCUUCUCGUCCUUCCUCGUCGCCCCCCUCUACCCCCUGUCCCCAGCCGUGCACCACACCAGCAUCACCCUUCCCGCGGUCUUAAUCAGACAGAAUUGGUGUUUGAUGAACCUGCUUCCAACACAUUUGACCUUGAUGAACUGCGCCGUAGUGAUUCCCUUAAAGUCAACCUCAUUCUCUCCGACUCCUUCCUGAAUCUUUUUAAGGACCAUAACUUUGAUUCCUGCAAUAUCUGCGAAUGUACCACCUCGGUUUUGGGAGUCGAAGUUGACGUCUACGUUUCUUCACCAAAUUCUGCCCCUACGCGUUCCUCGGGAAACCUGUUUUGGGAGGAUGAAUCAGAGGUUGCAAGUCUUUCAAUAGCUGGUGUGGAGGGUAGAAAAACUCACUCAAGACCUUUGUCGACGUAUUCGACUGCGGCAAAUUACCUCCCCACCCUAACGCAAUGGAUGCAUGGUCCACUUGAAGAGUUUGGGGUCAGAUUCCUGAUUGAAUGGCUCCAGCACACAGAUGCAGCACUCAGGUUGGACGAUCAGCCCGAAGGAACUCUGGAAAAAGAUGCUCUUUACGACUACAGUGUGCAAAGGUCCUCUUGUGUGCUUGGAAUACAUGAGUGCUUUUUGCAUUUUCAAGAUAUCUGCGCCCUGACUGCUUCUGCUUUGGAGCAGAGCGCUUGUGAUCCUCCGUCCCUAACGGAGGGCAUGACGGGGGAUUUUGCGGUGAGAGUUGGUGGGAGACAGCUUCGCCUAGAUGAAACAACGCACAAGGAAGGUGUAGUCCUUCAUCCGGCUUUCUUUCGUCAGUUACCUGGUGAUAUUCCUUCUAACAAAAAUGAUCAAAUUCGGCUUCUUGGUAGUGUACGGCUGUGGUUGCAGGAGGCAAUAGACCUAUUGGAGUCUACCUACAAGGUUGAAGGCCCGCUUACCUGGAAGGCGUUCCAUCAACUUGCUGGUCGUGGACGCAGCGAAUCCUCCAAGGCUCAACCCAUCCCUCAGUUUCGAGUUGGCGGGGGCGCGAACAAUGGAAAGACUAACGUUCUUAUCUCACCAUUUAGUGUUCACGACUGGGUACGUCUUUUGACAUAA